UCACGUCACCGAGGCAGCAACGCGGAAGCGGAGAAACAGGCUCCACGUCAUUUUAGGUGCACUAUUGCGACCAAACCAUGGAUGGGGUUUGCUGUGGGGAGAGUGACAUGUAAGUGAACCGGCCAUACCCUGAGCCAUAAUAGUGUUUGACCUCGCAGGCAAACAGAAAAGCGACGGAUUUCUUCAGCAGAUUGUCAGAUUUGGUGCUUAUCUCUGAUGGGUGAAUCAGGGCCACGCCGUUCCACCCUGGUCUCCAGGUUGCCAAUCUUCAGGCGCAGUGUAAGGAAGAGGCAGGACUCCCUGCCAUCCUCUCCAUCCUCUGGUGGUGUUGGCAAUGGUGUGCACACUUCUUCUCCCUCAAGCACCAACUCGAGCUCCAGCAGCACAGGAAAGCGGCGCAGCCUUUUCCGAACGCCGUCUAUCAGCUUUCAUAGCAAGAGGAACAGCGAGUUACGUGCCGAUUCCAACCAACUCGGUGCAGACAAUCGGAGUCGGCUGUCUGAGCCGAGCUUUAAUGACGGUUGCAACAAUAAGACACGACACUCGUUUGGAUUCGGCGGACACAAGAAGAAGCUCAGCCGUUCCCAGACAGAGGACUUUGAGAAAACCUCCACUAACCGGAAUGUUUUCAUUAACUGCAUUAGCUCAGGGACGAAUGAAGGAGAUGAUUCGGGUUUCCUGGAUGAUGUCAGCAGCAAGAGAUCUUCCAAAUCAAAAAAGCUGCUGCCCAAGUCUUUUUCGGCCCACCAUCGGUUUUCUAAGAACUACUCGAACCAGGUGGAACAGAAUCAAGUCAAGGACGAUGCUCCCAAGACAGGAACUCCAGGUUCCUGGCCUGGCGAACUUGCAGAGAGCUCUCUACAAUCUCCCAUGGUUUCUGAGGACCGCACGACAGCCAUUACCCCCUCAGACUUUGUCCAUGUCACUGAGGACACAGUCUCUGAAGUGGAUGCCCUGCCUGUUCCGAGUCCAGCUGAAGUCCCCCCUGAGAAUAUCAGCCAAGGUGUUUCUACCUCACAGACAUGUGCCAAACCUGAUCAGAGUACUGUGGAGAAGCCUAUACUGCCAGAUAUGAGCCAAACUGCCAAUACAAAGUGUGAGAGUACCACUGUCCAAACAGAACCAGAAACACAGAAUACGGAGCAGGAGCAGCACCAGGAUCCGAUCGAGGCCAGUGAAAACGAACUGAACCCAGAGCUGAGCGAGGAGAGUAGCUCCAAUGCAGAACCCAGAGAAAGAACACACCGGAAUACUGUGCUGGUCCAGCAGCUCGGAAAAUCGGCAGGCUUUGGCAAACUGGACAGCAGGCCAAGCUAUCUGAGGAAACCUCACACAGUAUCCAUGUGCAGUAGUAUGAGCCCACGCCGUGAGGUGAUACGUUUGGAGCGGAGGCUGCGCUCAGCUUCAGAGGGAGCCGGAGGACCAAGACUUCACCUCAACCUUAAAGAGCAUACCUGCAUGGAGACCAGCAUGCUGGCCAAACACAGAACCAACUCCUCGUCCUCCAAACUGGGAAGCCUGGAUGUUUUGAACAAUCUGGGCUCCUCAGAGCUAGACGAGGACGAUCUAAUGCUGGACCUGGAGCUCUCUGAUGACCAGAGACAUCGACACGCUUCUCAGGAAGACUCCAGCCAAUCUCUUGCCUCCUGUCUGAACCUGCUGCCAUCCCCUCUGGAGCUGCCUACAGACCAGAACACUGCCAAGGAGUGCAGAGAGAACAACAGGGAGCCACGGCCAGUGUCUCUCUUUUUGCCCUGUGAUGAUGAGCUGUUCUCUGGGUUGGAGACGUUACCCUUCAGGCCGAUGCAGCAGGACUGCACGGCCAUGAAAACGCUCCUGCUGCGACUUCGCAGGCUUUUGCAGGAGAGCACUGAGCCCAGCCCUGCCAGCAGCCUUCACUCUUUACCCAUAAGCCCCUGCAGCGAGAAGUCUCCAGAUUUCAAGGAUCCAGGGCGAGAUGAGAGCCACUCCCUGCAGCAGCAGCUGAAAGAGAGAGAUGAGUUGAUCCUGCUUCUACAGACUGAGCUGGAAGCUGCACGUUCUGCACAGAAAUCCAUGUGCCAAAAGACUGACAAAACAACACAGACAGAUCCUCCAGGCCCAGAGGCUGUCCAUCCAAGUCGAGCCAUAGGCAAUAGCAGCAGCAGUCUUCCAAGGGAGCGAAGGUCAGCCCGACUGUCCAGUUGGGGAGAAGAACGUCAUAGUGGAGGGAUAGGCACUCGAGAUCCUGCUGCAGUCCAGAGGAGGUCUGAACAGAUAUACUCGUCAUCUUCUGAGGCAACUACACCACGAAAGCUAGACCAUCCGGGGCCCUCUCAGAUCCCUCGUGCUGUGGUGAGUGGCAGCUCUUGCAGCCUGUCCUCAGACAGUGAGAGACACACCAUGGCAAGACCACACUCCUCAUUCAGCGGGCGUCUGGGCCAGCCACCACGCGGGCCACUCUCUCUGCACAUGUACAGCCGCAAGAACGUCUUCCUCCAGCACUCGCUCUACACGACGGAGCUGCAGGCUCUUGGCCAGCAGGAUGCUUGAAAACACACACACACAAACACAAACACACACACAACUACAAACACACACUUUAAAUUAGACUUCUGCACUAAUCAUCAAUCCCUCUGCCUCAGCAGCUGUUUGACCUCUGGCUGGUUUGGACAGAGCCCCAAUCUAGCUUCUGCAGCUAUCUUAAAAAUGCCAUCAAUCCUCUGUUGACCCUGCUUGACCUGCACAGGCAGAGUUCAUUACGCAGCUGUGUGACAAGGGCAGUAUGGCAGAAUAGUGGGUCUGAUACCAGUUCACUGACCUACUGCUUACUGCUGAAAGACGGACAUGGGAGAUCAUUCUGCAUUUCUUUUUUUUCCCUUUGUGUUUUGUUUUUAAAAUCUGUGUAGUAGUGGUACCAGUGAUACUGUCUGUCUGUGUGUAUUUAUAAUCUGAGCAUUUCCACUUACCUCUGCUGAUCGGCAAAGAAAAGAAAAAAACAGUACCGGAGAACGUACCAGACUCGAAAUAACUGAACGACGAGCACUCGUGUGUCUUAUAUCAAAUCCAGCUAUGCUUCACAUCUAUUGUGUUCGAGAUCAGUGUGUAUGGAAUGCACACAUUUGUAAUUCACCCACCAGCAUCUUUUUUGCACCAACAAAUGUGGCCCAUGCACAUGUUGCCAACUCUUAUCCUCUGGGGGAUUUUAAGCUCUUGCUGCUAGCUGGAAAUGAUUCUAACUCUCAUUAACCUUUACUAAUUGCAUGCUACUUUGCUACUUUUUUACACAGCGUUAAAACAGAAAUCAAACCCGAGCCUUUUUGUACAGUGGCUUAGAAAUAGCUUUUACAGUAUUUUAAUAGGAAGCAGUGGCAGCUUCUAGCGAUCACCACUUAUAUAAAUAGACACCAGGUGACUUCAUUUGACGCUCGACUCACGACACGACUCUCAGUUGGAGACUAAAAGACUUGGCCUACAUGUACUAACAGUCAACUCCCACUCCAGCAACCAUCAUAUUUAUAAUAAAUAAAGCACACUAAACUUCACUUUACAAAUGGUGCAUAAGAGCUACAUUUAAGUUAUUUGUAAAAAAAAAAAAAAAAAAAAGGAUUGACAUUCUGUCAUGACUUGGGUAAAUGUAAAAAUAUCUACACUCUGUAAAUGGAGCUUGGUUAUAUAUAUAUAUUUUUGUCCGAUGUUGGGACAGCUUUGCACUUCGGACCAAUGAGCAUCGAAGGGCAUUCAGAGGGGAAGGAAACCCUGAAGAAACUCACUUCUAUCUAUCCAGCAGGUCUGCUCCCGGAGGUCCGCUGCUCCACUUACAGCAAUCUGCUGGGAGCGCCAGUGCUCUCUCUCUCUCUCUCUCUCUCUCUCUCUCUCUUUCUUGCUGUCUCGCGCUCUCUCUCUCUGUCUCUCUCUCUCUUUUUCGCUCUCUCUCUCAGCCCUACUUGUACAGCUCUGAGAGAGAGAAAGAGAUUUAGCAUGCUCUCGCCAUCACCUUGCUGUGAUCUCAAUAUCAUCUCUCUGUGAAACUGGAACAUGCUUCUUACGUGAUUUAAGAAUGACCUUGCAAGAAUGAAGACUGCACUUCCCUCGAACGUUUGCUUUUAGUGAUAAAGCUACGGCAGAACUCGAACUCUAACGCAUGUUUGAACAGACUAGCAACUUUUCGUCUACGUGUUUCUCAACCAUUUUCCCUUCAUCUAUCAACGGGCAUAGAACCUUUCAAGGUAAAUGCCAUGAUGGCAAAAGCACGGGUAAUUAAUUAGCGAGUACGAGUUGAGAUAAACAGAAUAAAUGGCACUUGAUGGAAAAAUCAUUCAUGAGACUGUAUGUAGGAAACACAUCCUCUGAACUGACACUUUAAGUCAAUUAGUUUAGGUAUUUAUUUUGCGCCUUAUUUAUUACAUGCAUUGUUGUGAUAUAUCACUCGAAGGUCUUAUUUUGUAUGUGGAACUCUGGAAAAAAAAAAAUAUAAAA